AAGAGACCGGAAGCGGAAAUUGCCCAACGGGAAGAAGUCGUCUCCUCGUAGCUUGGCGGGGGGUUUUUCCGUUAUAGCGGCGGCAGCAGGAGCGGCAGCAACAGCAACUGCAACAGCAACUGCAACAGCAACAGCAGCAGCAGCAGCAGCAGCAGCAGACCGUCAUCAUGGGCAAUACAAGCAGCGAGCGGGCUGGCAUGGAGCGCCAGGGGGGGCACAAGACCCCCCGCAGGGACAGCACGGGGGGAACCAAGGAUGGGGACAGGCCCAAGAUCCUGAUGGAUAGCCCCGAGGAUGCGGACCUCUUCCACUCGGAGGAUAUCAAGGCUCCCGAAAAGGAAGAGUUCCUUGCAUGGCAGCAUGAUCUAGAAGUGAAUGACAGAGCUCCCACUCAGGCUCGUCCGACUGUGUUUCGCUGGACAGGGGGAGGAAAAGAGGUUUACUUAUCUGGAUCCUUCAAUAACUGGACGAAACUCCCCCUCACAAGAAGCCACAACAACUUUGUAGCAAUCCUGGAUUUGCCAGAAGGAGAACAUCAGUACAAGUUCUUUGUGGAUGGCCAGUGGACCUACGACCCCUCUGAGCCAGUAGUGACCAGCCAGCUUGGCACGGUUAACAACGUCAUUCAGGUGAAGAAAACUGACUUUGAAGUGUUUGACGCUUUAAUGGUGGAUUCCCAAAAGUGCUCCGACGUGUCCGAGCUGUCGAGUUCGCCGCCAGGACCCUACCAUCAGGAGCCCUAUACUUGUAAGCCAGAGGAACGUUUCAAAAGCCCCCCCAUUCUUCCCCCACACCUGCUCCAGGUCAUCCUGAAUAAGGACACUGGCAUCUCGUGUGACCCCGCUCUACUGCCCGAGCCCAACCACGUCAUGCUGAACCACCUGUACGCCCUCUCCAUCAAGGACGGCGUGAUGGUGCUCAGCGCCACCCACCGCUACAAGAAGAAGUACGUCACCACUUUGCUGUACAAGCCGAUAUGAAGCCCCCAGGAGGCCGCCGCGCUGGGAGCGACGGCGCAGCACCACCCGACCCAUCCACAGCUUCCCGCCCCAGGAACUGCCCCCCAAGGAAUCAUCCCACACUUUUCUAGGACAUUUCCCCCCCACCCUGCUUGAAGAUCUUCUGGCAGGGCAGCUCCUGAGGAGCCGGCCCGCUCACCAUGGCCACUGACUGACCACAAAACCUGGCAUUUCCCUUGAGGGGAGGGCGUAAGGAAGGCACGGAAGACCGACCGCAGCCCGAAGCGUGAGGAAACGUGUGUGCUCCGUUGCAGGCACGCGUCCCCCCAAAGCAUCAUCAGUAAGCCCCGAUCACGGGGGCGGGCUGCUCUGUGUCUCAGGAUGGGUGUCCGUGGGCACGACAGGAAGCUCCGGCCCUGGCCCUCACGCACACUGAGUAUGCUGUGUUUUUAAUCCAAAAUUAUUGCAGAUGGGAAUGUAUAUAGUAGAGAUGCAAUGA